AUGCCAUCCCAAGACCAGCUCAAGGAGAUCUUCAACCUCUACGAUGAGGAACUCGAUGGUAAGAUCGACGGUACCCAGAUCGGCGAUGUUGUGAGAGCCGCUGGACUCAAGCCAACUCAGGCGAUGGUCGUCAAGGCUUCCGGCCAGGAGUUCAAGCGCAAGGGCGAGAAGAGAAUCGCGUUCGAGGAGUGGCUCCCGAUCUACGAGCAGCUCUCUAAGGAAAAGGAGCAGGGAACCUACGCUGACUUCGUCGAGGGAUUGAAGGUUUUCGACAAGGAAGAGACCGGAAAGAUCUUGUGCGCAGAGCUCAGACACAUUCUUCAAGCUCUCGGUGAGCGACUCUCCGCUGAUGAGGCCGAUGAGCUUCUCAAGGGAAUUGAAGACGCUGAAGGCAUGGUCAAAUACGAAGACUUCGUCAAGAAGGUUUUGGCCGGACCAUUCCCAGACCAGGACUAG